UGGACGUGUUUUACAUCUUUAACGUGAAAGAACGUGACGUUUUGUCUGGUCAGAGGAUGGACCGAUAAAAAGAAAAAAGAAACGUAACCGUUGUUCUUUUGUUUUGGGUUCUUUUUAAGAAAAAAAAACAAAGAGUGUCUCGCGCACAGACCCGGUGGCUGGUGACGUUAGGAGGUGAAACUGCGUCAGAGCGCACGCGCGCGUCCUUUCUGUUACAUAGAUACUCUGUAGUCUCGCGUGGGGGAAAAAAUGAUGACAGAAAAUGGCGAGAAAGAGAACGGGGAUCACCGGGACCUGCAGCGUUCACCGGGUUCCGGUACAAUCCGCCCCGAAUCCAAGCUCCAGAAACUGAAGCGCUCACUAUCUCUCAAGUCAAUGAUGCGCAGCAAAAGCGUUGAGAACUUCUUCCAGCGGUCAAACUUUGAAGCCCUGCCCCCUGACAGUAUAAUCGCUACAGAGGCCCCACCCUCCAUCAUCGAGUCUCCCUUUUGUGAUUGCCCUUUAACCCUUGAGAGGUCCCCAUCCAUCAGUCCGAACCUGUCUCUCUCUUCACGUUCACCUUCAUCUAGCCCAUCCCUGUCAAUUAACUCCAACACCCCUCCCCCUGUUCAGCCACGCCCACAGAGAACACACUGCUUCUUGGAAUAUAUGUUUCGUCGACCCACUGUCUGCCAGCAGUGCAAGCAAAUCAUAACAGGGAACUCAAAGCAGGGUCUGCGCUGCAAGACGUGCAAACUAGCAGCCCAUCUGUGGUGCUCUUCUGAACUUUCACAGCAGGUUUGCAAUGGAAAGUCAGGGGCAUUCAAGCGGAACUUCAGUUCUCCACUGCUCACUAACGAGCUGUUUACAGUCGUUAAGGAAGCCCUGCCCACUCAAGAACAGGGACAAGGCACAGUGGACCCCGUGUAUGAAGCCCUACGAUAUGGAACGUCUCUCGCACAAAUGAGCCGAUCGACUUGCAACAGCAUCUCAGAGUCGCCGUGUCAACAGAGUGAAGAAGGACAGGAGAAGUUGGACAGUGAAUCUGUUGCUGAAGAAGAGUGUGGUGCUGAAUCAGAAGUGGUGUCUCUGGCCGAGAGCGAGAAGAGUGAAUUGGAUGACAAGCUCAGUGUACAGCCACCCAGGCGUAUUGAGCUUCACGCCAUUCACACCUAUGUGGUGUUGUACAAGUUCCUGCCUCAGGAGAAAAACGACCUUGAGCUUCAGCCCGGUGACCGUGUUCAGGUAAUCGACGACUCAAACGAGGACUGGUGGAAGGGGAAGAGUCGAGACAGAGUCGGAUUUUUCCCUGCUAACUUCGUGCAGCGUGUGCGUCCUGGAGAACAAGUAUGGAAGGUCACUCAGGGUUUCCAUGGCAACCGUGAGAAAGGUCAAAUGACUGUAAAAGAGUUACAGAUCUGCAUCGGGAAAGCAGAGGAAACCGACGGCUUUUUGAAGCUGACCAGCGGUACACGUGACCAGUGGAACAGUUUUGGUUCGGAUGAUGCAGUAACUGUCUGUGCGUGUGUGCGUGGACUCAAACAUUACAGUAGCAAGCAGGAGAUGCAACAAAUUCCACGUGUGAUUGAGAAAAAAAAACCUGUAGGACAAGUGUCCCAUCAUUCCCAUGAUGCACCAGCAAGCUUGGAGGAGACCCAUCAUGGAGAACACGAGCUAAACAAAUAAACAGCUGUAUAAGUGUUGGGAUCAUUAUUGAAGUAGUUUAGAGAAAAUCUUACUUUAUAUUUAUAUAACUGUCUGUAAUACCUGAGUGCUUAUUACUGAGGUUUCUGGGGACAGUAAUACUAUUCAUGUUUCACUGGAGAAUUAGGAAAGGAGAAGGACUUGGGUUUGAAUUUUGAAAUCAGACUGUAGAUAUCUGGAGCACUGAACACACACAUAUAACAGAGUCAUUGUGUUAAACCCCUUCAGUUUAGUCACAAAAGUCAUAAAUCCCGAGGAGUAACGUCGCUGUUCAAUGUAUAAUUUAUAUAUUUAAUAUAAAGAUAACCAAAAUAAUCAUCACCAUCACUGCUGUUGACAUUAACACACUUAAAGAGGGUUUUUCUCCAUGACUAUAUAGUGAACACUUUUCAGUGUGAGAUCACUAAGUGAGAUUUGAGACAUGUUAUUAAUUGAAAUGUAUGAAAAACUUUGGAGGGGUGGGAAAGAAAAAAGAAAGCAUACAGAUUUUACACCAAGAUGUCCAAGAUAAAGGAUUAUUGAAUCAGGCCUGUGAGGAAUAGAAUACAGCGGUCCACAAUUAACAUCAGUUCCAGCCUGAAUACAGUUUUUUUUUAACAUCAAGAAUAACUUUAAGCACAAGAGCAUGAAAGUUAUCCUCAGGUAUAAACACCUAAUAUGCUCAAACAAAACAAUUGAACUCAAAAGUUAUACACUGUAGGUAAACAUAUACACAUUAACAUUAACUGUAUAGAUAUUUCAAGAAAUGUAGUGAGGCAUGAAUAGGGAUUUGCUAUUCAGGCUCAGGGCUACAAAAGUGAUUGACAAAUGUAAAAUGUCUGUUAUGGCAAAUAUGAGUAGUGUCAGUGAAACAUGAAUGACCUGAAAUUAAAAAAAUACUAAUAAUAUAUUUUUUUUAAACUGGUCUCUGUUUUGCUACUAUUUCUCAGAAGCUUGUAGUGUAACUAGCUACUGUAGCUAGCUAGCUGCAUAACUUACAAGUAAUUAUUAUUAUUAUUAUUAUUAUUAUUAUUCCAAAUAUAACAGCACAGCCUCAAGAGUUUGAUUUCUCUUAUACAACCAUUAAAUUAAAAAAAUAUCUUGUGUUAUAUUGCAUCUUGUGGAAUGUCUGAAAAACCUAGUUCCCAUUCUUGCUAAUGUUAUAAACAAUCAUUCAGUCCUCAGACAUUUUAUUUCUCUCUCUUGAAGUUGCUAAGAUAAUUAAUUAAGUUAAAACAUUAUGUAUCUGCGCUAGCAUCAGACCUACUCGAACCCUAGAAA